GUUGAAUACACAAAGUCAAACUUGACCAAACUCCAAAAACACAAAUUUAGGAUUUUCCAAAAAAUUGUUCCAUACAUCUCAAAGUCUCAAACAACCCAUUGUCGCCAUUACUGAUGAAGAGAGCUUGCGUGAAACGAUCCGGGUAGAAGAACACAGUAACGAAAUUCAGUCAACAAUACCCAAGCAUCAUGUGUAUCGCAGUGUUCAUGUGGCAAGCUCAUCCAAAAUACCCCUUCAUCCUCUUACUCAACAGGGACGAAUUUCAUUCUCGACCCACGGACCCGCUGGCAUGGUGGCCCGGCGAAACAAUCUUAGCUGGAAGGGAUGCGCUCGGCGGUGGAACCUGGUUGGGUUCCACAAGAAAUGGCAGAGUCGCUUUCCUCACCAAUUUUAGGGAACUCCCAAAUCAAAAUCUUCCUUCUCCCAACUCUAGAGGCCACCUUCCACUUCGUUUCCUCCAGGGCAAUCAGAGUCCUGAGGAGUUUGCAGAGCAAGUUCUCAAAGAGGCGCACCAGUACAAUGGAUUUAACCUCAUAUUGGCUGAUAUGAGCACAUCCUCCAUGGUUUAUGUGUUCAAUAGACCCAAACCAGAUCUUCUUUCUGUUGCCCCUGGGGUUCACGUGCUCACCAAUUCAGCCCUCGACGCUACUUGGCCAAAGGCUGAACGGCUGCGCCAUAGUUUCAAAGAGCUUAUUGAUCAAUAUGGUGAGAGUGAGUUUCCGAUCAAGGAAAUGGUUGAGAAACUAAUGACAAACACAAUUAAAGAUGAGGAGUACAUGCUACCUGGGAUCUAUCCUCCAGAACGGGAACUCCCUGUCAGUUCUGUAUUUGUUGACGUGGAGUUUCCAUUAUUGGGGCGUUAUGGAACUAGAAGCUCUUCUGCCUUGUUGGUGAAAUCAAACAAAGAAGCUACCUUCUACGAGAAACAUCUAGACCAGGAAAAAUGGAAAGAAAAAAUGGUGACCUAUCAGAUCAUUGAGGCAGAAUGAAUGGCUGUGAUGUGGUUUAAUUCUGCUGCUACUCUCCUCUUAAAAAUGUCAGAGUGCUUGUAAGUUGCAACACAGGCAGAAAGCUUCAAAAGGAAAGAAUGUUUACUGUUCUGUGGUUUAGCCACCAGCACCUUGUCCAUCUGAAUAAGAAUGUUUUUCUAAACCAAUCUGACCUCAGAUGGUGUUAGGAUCUAAUUAUUAGGGAUUUAUAAUCCUAAUUCCUAACAUAUGGUCAUUUUUGUGGACUUGCUUUCAACAAUUUUCUCACUUGGAUACAUUUUGUUCUGGACCUGUAAUUAUAGACUAGUGGAGGGCUCUUGUACAUUAUAAAAUAUUUAACUAUGUUCAAGUUAUAUUUUUGGUGAAAUGUAAACAAGAUAUUUAUUUCU